CCUGUGCGCUACACGGACAGCCUCUCAGUGUGUAUGUGUAUGUAUGUAUAUUUUGUUUGUGGGUGAGGACCGCGCAUCAAGUCUCUCCUGAAGAACCGCGAGUGCCGCUGAACUUCUCGGUCCUGCGGUGGAAUGCGCCGGUGAUGCGUCCUUGGACAAGGUUUCAGAGGAAAGUGACAGCAGCAGAACCGCUUGGAUUUUUUAUUAAAUAGAAAGUUUGGGAACUUUUGUGUUUGUGUUGGAAUCUUCUCUCGUCAUGACCGAGCUUCUCAGCACCUUUUCAACAACGGACCCAGAGACACUCUGUCAGCCAGAGUCAGACCAGAUGAGUCCAGACGAGCCACAGUCUCCCUUGGACCUGAUAGACACAGGGAAAUGCCUGAAGGUCCAAACAGCCACACCACAUCUGGUCAGCCUGGGCAGUGGGAGACUGAGUGUGGCUAUCACCCUACUGCCCCUUAAAGAGGGAGUGACCCGUAUCGGGCGUGAGGACGCAGCGGUACCCCAAGACAUCACCAUCCAGGGUGUAGGUAUCGAGGCGGAACACUGCAUCAUCAUCAACACAUCAGGGGUCAUCAUCCUCGACCCUUGUGGGAACCUCUGCUCCUUGGACGGCGUCCCUGUGACAUCACCUGUCCCGCUCACACAAGGUUACUCUCUGUGUCUGGGUCAAUCCUACUUCUUCCGCUUCAACCAUCCAGAAGAGGCCAGUCGUAUGAAGAGCAUGCUGCCCCAGAAGAGCCCUGUCUCUCCUCUGGCCUACAGCACAGACUAUCUGAAGUUCAGUAGUGACUACAGCCAUGGGGUAGUGGGAGGGGCCGGCAGUGCAAGAGGGAUGCGUUCUGCCUCAGAGCUCCGUGAUUUGAUGGACACCUUACAACGAAAGAAGAUCGCCCUGGAGACCAGCCUGAGAGCCAAUGGGGACUCUAGCCCCUCCUACUUCAGUAUGACACAGUCUCCACCCACCACGCCUGUGACCUCACCCACCUCGAUGUCGUCAGCCUAUCAAGAGCAGGCUAGGCGUUUCUAUGGCUCUGAUCGCCCGCCCCUCUCCGUCAAAGCCGCGGUCCCUCCCUCCCCCUCUCGGCGCUCUGACCCCCCUUCCUCCCGAUCCUCCAUGACCCGGAACCAAUCCUACCAAUCACAAGACAGCCUGCUGGCCUCCCCUGGCGACGGGCGACGACAACUAAACCCAAACUCCUCCCCCCUGUUGUCGAUGUGGAACGGUGGAGGUUCCUCUAACUCAGUGGCCGGUGGUGAGAGCCUCUCCUCUCCUCCUCCACGCUCAUCCCUCUCUCCAACCAGUGGAGCAGCCAGCGUGCCCUCCAGCCCCCGCCUGGGACGCCGAAGUCACGGCAACCAUGAGCCGACACCUAGCAACCGAACCAGGAAGUACUCUGCAGGGUCGAUAGGCGGCAUGAUAGGAAGUCACAGCCUCUCUCUGCCCCGCCUCUGCCUGUCAUCGUCGCCACGUUCCCAUGAUAAUGGAGCCUUGGUGCUCUCUACCCUCCCCCCGACCUCGCGGCGCUCUGAACCUCUACGUAACUCUUCUCACAACAAUAGCCAAAACCACACCACAAACAGUAACUACAACCAUAACCAAACCACUAACUUUAACUACAGCCAGGCCCAAAACAUGAACCACAAGGGGAACCAAGGUGAGGGGGUGGUAUCCAUCUCCCUCUCCUCCCCAAAGUCUCCCACCCAGGCCCCUCCAGACGUGACUGUCCCGUUCCGAUCAGGGGGCUCCUCCAGUCCCCGCGUGGCCAAGAAACUCAGCCUCACCUCCACCAGCUCCACAUCCAGCCUCCAGGAGCCAGAGUGGCCAGCCAGCUGCGGAGUCUCCCCUGGACCAGAGCUUUUUUUCGGGGAGAGGGAGCACAGGGCUGGCAGCCUGGAGCCUGGUCUAGGGUUAGGGGAACGGAGACAGUCUUUUGGGAAGGGUGGGCUUGAACCAGGGUUCGGUCUGGGGGAGAGAAGACAGUCCUUUGGAAAGGGAGGGGUAGAACCUAGUUUGGGAUUAGGGGAACGGAGACAGUCUUUUGGGAAGGGAGGUUUAGAGCCAGGUUUAGGGUUAGGGGAACGAAGGCAGUCAUUUGGGAAGGGAGGAGUGGGGCUGGGGGCGGGGGUGACCCCACCGGGGGGGUUCAGGGCGAGGAGUGGCAGUAUCAGCUCCCUGAGUGGGAAAGAAGAACUGACUGACUACCACCAUCGCCAGAGAGAUGAGAGACUACGAGAACAGGAGGUGGAGAGACUGGAACGCCAGCGGCUGGAAACCAUUCUGUCUCUGUGUUCAGAGCUGGGUCGAUCGGAGCAGGACAGGGAGAGGGGUGUUGGUUCUAGUGUCGAUACCGGUGCUGGUCUAGCCGACCUUCAGAUGAUCAACCGGGAACUAGAGAAACUCAAGGUCUCUGACGACGAUGAGUCAGAAUCCGUCUUCUCUGACUCAACUGUGAACGGAAAUGGGGCCGGUAGCGGCUCGGAGAAUGGUUACUAUGGUAAUGACGAGGAGCGUCCAGUCCGACAUCGACGGAGCAGCGGCCACCGGGACAACAUGGCAGAAUCGCCGGCCAUCAUCCUACGAAGCUCCGCCACCUCGCUCACCGCGCACCUGCCUAGGACUAAUCGGGCGCUGGUGGAGGAGGGCCAGCAGAGGCAGGAAGUGACCCGUGUGGAGGAGGAGAGGAUCCAGGUGCUGAACAACAUGGAGGAGCUGGAACAGAAGAUCAAAGAACUGGACAACCAGAUGGACGAGUCUCUCAGAGAGGUGGAGGUGGAACGUGCCCUGGUGGAGGCAGAGCAGCAGGCGGAGCUAGCGGCCUUGCAGCAGGAGAGAGAUGCUCUGGAGACACUCAACACCAAGAUGUCUGACAUGGAACAACAGGCACAGAACCAGAAGACUCCGGCGUGUGUGUCGCUGCAGGCUGAGAGGGCUAGGGUAGAGCAGCUGUCUCAGAGUGUGUGUGAGCUGCGCUCCCAGCUCCACUGCUGUCCUGAGGCCAUGAAGGAGCCCCUACAGGAGCAGCUCACCAGGAACUCUGAGGUGCUGGAAGCUGAGACGAAGCGUUUUGAGGACCUGGAGUUUCAGCAGCUGGAGAGAGAGAGUUGUCAUGAUGAGGAGAAGGAGGAAAGCACACAACAACUCCUCAGAGAGAUAGCUGACUACCAACGGAGCACCGUCACACGCAAGGAGAGGCUGGUGGCGCUAAAUAAGCAGGCGGGACAGAUUACCCAGCAGGCUCAGCGAGAGAAGGACAGCUUCCUGAAGGAGCGGACCAACCUGCAGAUAAUGCUGCAGAAGGAGAAAGAUAACCUUGCUUCUGUGGAAAAGAAGUAUGCUGACCUCACAGGUGGCCGGGGCUUCCCUCUCAGCCCUAUCAGUCUCAAGGAGGGCUAUGUAACAGUCAGUGAGAUCAAUGAAAUUUACUCCCAGCUGGGGGGGAACCCUAGUCCCGCCCCUGCCCCUGUUCUGGCCAAUCCCUCCCCUGAUUCUGAGCCUAGCCCCCCCACUGACGACAGCGCCCCAAAACCAGCGGAGGACGAGCACUUCCGUUCACUGGAGGAGAGAAAGAGGUUAGUGAAAGAAGGUGGGGCCCACCUGAGUGACACAUUACCCAGGAAGAAGACCACGUCCAUUGUCACCCCUCAGUUCAACUGUGCUACACUAGGACGCAGCAUGCCUAACAAGUCCCAUCAGCCCCUGGUCCAGAGUUCUAGCUGUGGCAGUAUUUUACCCCGGGCCAUGUCUGUCUCCUCCAAUAGAGACACAGAUAAACGGCGCCUGCACAAGGGUCAGCCGAGCUCUCGCGCCGCCUCCCAGUCCAACGUGUACCUGGACACCUACGGUUACUGUGAUAACGGCCAGGCAUACGACACCAUGAGCGUGGACAGCUCUGACUCAAUGGAGACCAGCAUCUCUGCCUGCUCCCCGGACAACGUCUCCUGUGCCAGUACGUCUAACGUGACCAAACUGGAGGAAAUGGAGCGUCUGCUGAGACAGGCUCAGGCAGAGAAGAAUCGCCUCAUAGAAACCAAGGAGCAAGAGAUGGAGUCACGCAAACAGGCUCUGGAGGAGGAGAGGAGGAGGAGGGAGGAUCUGGAGAAAAGACUGCAGGAGGAGACCAACAGACGACAGAAACUCAUCGACAGGGAGGUGAAACUACGGGAGAAACAGAGAGCACAGUCCCGUCCUCUGACGCGCUACCUGCCAGUUCGAAAGGAUGACUUUGACCUAAAAGCCCAUAUAGAGUCAGCGGGCCACAGUGCUGACACCUGUUUCCACCUGUCCCUCACGGAGAAGACAUGCCGAGGAUUCCUGGUCAAGAUGGGGGGAAAGAUCAAGACCUGGAAGAAACGCUGGUUCGUCUUUGACCGCAACCGACGAACGCUCUCCUACUUCUCAGACAAGCAUGAGGCCAAGCUGAAAGGGGUCAUCUACUUCCAAGCAAUAGAGGAAGUUUACUAUGACCACUUAAAGAACGCACACAAGAGUCCUAACCCGUGUCUGACGUUCAGUGUGAAGACUCAUGACAGGGUCUAUUACAUGGUGGCCCCCUCUCCUGAGGCCAUGAGGAUCUGGAUGGAUGUCAUUGUCACUGGGGCUGAGGGAUACACUCAGUUCAUGGUGUAGAAAGGAGCGAUAUGGCCAUGGCGGAGGGAUACACCCACUUUAUGGUGUAGGAGACUUGAUCUGUACGCGUCGGAGGGAUACACUCAGUUCAUGGUGUAAAGAGGGGUGCUUCGGAGUGGAAGGUUACAGCCAGCGUGUGGUUACGACGACAGGACUAGCUCCUCUCUUUUCUCUGUGACACAGAUGGACUGUUGUUUUUAUUUCUGUAUUUUAGGACGUGUUCUCCAACAGUGUGCCUUAACUCUCACAGUAGCUCCGCUGGGAUUGGCCAGUGUUUUUAUGCAUCAUUAGUAAACAAGCAAACAGAACGUUCAUUUCAAUUCCAGGUUGUGUAGGGUCAAAUGAUCAGGCGGCAAGUUACUGAUAUUUACUCAUCCCCAAAGACCUCAGGUCUCCUGUGUGUGUGUGUGUGUGUGUGUGUGUGUGUGUGUGUGUGUGUGUGUGUGUGUGUG